AUGGAGUUAAAGGCGUCGUCGGUGCGCCAGCUGCCCGAGCUGCCGGCGCGCGACGCGAUGGACGUGCUCCAGAAGGUCCACGGCUUUUACCAGGUCAAGAACGAAGACGACUUGCGCCAGUGCAUGGAAGGCCUCAACGCCCUCUUCAACCGCGCGCUCGAUCUUGAGCUGGACGAGGAACACAAGCCAGCGCCACGAGUCAAGAAAGCACCGCGGCCUGCAUCGACAUCGACGCCCCGAAGCCCGCGGUCAGCCGCCUACCUCGACCGCGCCGCCGAGAUCUUGGCAGCGACCGACCCCCACGCCCUCUCGUCCCUCCUCGAGUCGCCCGGCAUGCGGCACGCGCUCAACGUCACGGGCAUUCGGCCCGAGGACUUGGUGCCGAAAACGCACGCGGACUUUGUUCGAGAGCGAGACCGGGCGUGGACAGUGCCCCCCGAAAUCGCUGCGAUGCGCUUCAAGCACUAUGAAAAGGCCCGGAAAAGCAGCGUCGCGCUCUUGCUGCAAGUCGCCGAGUCGCAGGAGAUACCAUCGUCGGACGACGCCAAGGACUUUGACCGAGAGCUUGACCACGAGCGCCGGCUUCUUGAAGACAUGAUCCGCGGUCGUCUUCGCUACGAAAAGGUGCUCGAGAAAGAAGCCGAAAUGAUCCGCCGGAAGCGCGCCAAGUUCCUCGUGCAAGAAAAUGGCGUCUUUCGCCGCCGCGGCGACGAGCCCCCGGCGUUCAAAGACCACGUGCACGCCGAGCGGUCCGAGACCAACCGGCUCAAAAUGGAGCGCGUUCGGGCGCAGCGGCAGCUCCUCGAGCAGACCAAGCAAGAGAACGCCGAUGCGCGCCGGCGCUACGAGCAGUCGCGCGCCACGCAGACGAAGAAGGAGAAGGACGACCAGCUCAAGCUCAAACGCGUCCUUGGCGACGAGCGUGAGCGCAAGCGGCUCCAGGUCAUCGAAGACGCGCGCGAGCUCGACCGGCAGCGGCGCGAAUGCAUCGAGCUCGCUGUCCACGAAAGGCGCAAGCGUCUCGCGCAGCACGCGCGCGAGGUGACGGUCCAGCGAGCCAAGAAGAUUCAGUCGUUCAAGACGGACGAAGCGAGCAAGAAGCUCCACGCGACGACCGAGCGCGUUGACAACCUCAAGGAGAUCCGCCGCGCGAUCCUCCAAGAGCGCAAUCGCAUCCACGUGCUCACGCGGAGUCGCAAAGCGCACUGCAAAAGCCUCCGCGACGAAAUCGACGUGCUGCCGGUACACCUUUUCUUGAUACAUUGA